AUGUCUGAACAUAGCCUGCAGACGCCGAAGGCCAAAAGCAAGGCCCACGAUGUUUUUCGCGGAACGGUAUUUCAAGCUGUCUUGCUAGGUCUCAUCAGCUUCACUCAACCCGGAAUAUGGACGGCAAUGAACAACUUGGGUGCCAUUGGUCAGGCUGAGCCACACGUCAUCAAUGCCGUAAAUGUCAUCACCUUCGUAAUUAUGAUUGUGCUGUCACAGCUGGCAAGUAUGAUCGGAAACUUGAUUGGCAUGAAGUGGAUUGUGGCCGUGGGAACUCUGGGCUAUGUGCCGUACUCCGCUGCCCUAUAUUGCAACUCGAUUUGGGGAACUCAGUGGUUUCUUACCUUCGGUGCUGUUACGUGUGGGAUAUCAGCAUCAGCACUGUGGCCAGGUGAAGCCGCCAUAGCCGUAGGCUAUCCCGAAGUCGCUCGUCGUGGUGUUUGUAUUAGUAUUUGGAUGGCACUUGGGAAACUCGGAUCCAUCAUCGCCACCGCGAUUCAACUCGCCAUCAACAAAGACAGCAACACAACCGGCGCCAUCUCUCCUUCAACUUACCUGGUUCUCGUUGCAAUCCAGUGCUUGGGGCUGCCACUUUCACUACUGUUGGCACCGCCUGACAAGCUGACCCGUAAAGACGGAAAGAAGCCCAUCUUUGCAAACUCUCAGCGAUCGUUCAAGACGCAGUUCAGGGGCUUUCUCGCGCAGUUCAAGCGGAAAGAGGUCUUGCUUCUCAUUCCGGCCUUCGUCACCGCGCAGUGGGGCGUCACAUACCAAGGGAACUACAUGGCUGCGUAUUUUACAGUUCGUGCUCGUACACUAGCCGGUUUCAUCAUCGCUGUUGUCGGCGCGAUAUCCAAUGUUCUUGCCGGCUGGUGGCUUGAUUCAAAACACUUGAAGAGAACUACCGAAGCGCGUUGGAGCUGGUAUUUCUUAUUGACUCUCUUCACACUUGUUUGGAUCUGGAAUCUGGUCGUCCAGGAGCGAUGGGCAAGAGAGAGUCCUGGAGAAAUUGACUGGAUCAGCGAGAGCUUCGGCGAGGGAGUUGCAAUCUUCAUUCUCUACCAGUAA